AUGCCACCCUCCUGGGCAUCACCUCCCUGGACUAAUGAGAGCCGCUCACAUGAGCUGGAGUUCGUGCUGCUGGGCUUCUCACACGUGCCUUCCCUGCGCCCAAUGCUUGCAGUGCUCUUCCUGGUCGCCUUCCUGCUCACGUUGCUAGGCAACACGCUCAUCUUCAUUCUCACCAGCCUGGACCCAGGCCUGCGUGUGCCCAUGUACUUCUUCCUGCGCCAUCUGGCACUGGUGGAGAUCUGCUUCUCACUGGACGUGGCUCCCCGUCUGUUGGUGACCCUGCUGCGGCCUGGACGCGGGAUGUUCCCUAUAAGCUGUGCCCUGCAGCUGCUCCUAGUUCUGUCCUUAGUCACAUCCGAGUGUUUCCUCCUCACGGUCAUGGCCUGGGACCGCUUCCUGGCCAUUUGUAGGCCUCUGCGAUAUGGUGCCAUCAUGAGCUUGAGGCUGUGCCACCUGCUGGCUGCCGCCUGUUGGCUCGCAGGAUUACCGGUAUCUGUGGCCCUCACCAUCUGGCUCUUUAAUUUCCCCUUCUGUGGGUCACGGGGUAUCCGGCACUUCUUGUGUGAUAUAGCACCUCUGGUGAGCCUGGUGUGUGCAGACACCAGAGUCUUCGAGGCUAGUAUGUUCGUUGUCACAGUGUUAGUUAUCAUGGUUCCCUUUUGUCUUAUAGCAACGUCCUACGUCAUGAUUCUGGCUGCUGUCCUUCGGAUGCCAUCAGCGUCUGGGCGCCACAAGGCCCUGUCUACCUGUGCCUCCCACCUCAUUGUGGUGAUUCUGUUUUACGGCACAACUGGGGUCAUCCAUUUGCGCCCCAAGGCCAGCUACUCUCCUGAGAGCAAGCAAGUGGUGUCCCUGUCAUACACCAUUGUGACGCCCAUGCUCAACCCUCUCAUCUACAGCCUGCGGAACAAGGAGGUCAAGGCUGCCUUCGGGCGUGUCUUCAUUCAGAGACGAGGAACCUUUGUCCCCUGACAUCUAUAGACUUCAUUUGCCCUGUCUUUGGGGAUCAUCUCUGCCCUAGUGGACUUGAGGACCUCAAUGUAUGCGUUCAGUGUCUUUCAUUAUCUUGGGAGCAGCUGGAGAGCAGUGAUUGGAUUUCACAUGCCUGUUUGAUGCCAACAUCUGAUACAAGUCCUUGGUCCUGUUAGGAGUUACAAACUAUCUGGGAACUGAUUUGGAACCAAUGCUGCCUUUGGGUCACCCUCACAAGCCCCAGUACAACCUGAUGAAAAGUUUCACUUGAAUUUUUGCUCCAAACCCACAGAGACUAAGAGCCCUCCAAGGCCCAGCUCUUGGAUUUAAGUUGGCCCUUCUGCUUGCAGCUGGCUGGAAGAACAGCACUCUCUUAAAAACACAAAAAUAUUGAAAUGUGGAAAGCCUACUUGAGAACUCAUUGCCCAGAACUAAAGAUAACUUUUCCAAACAGUUGGCUUUGAAUUUAUUGUCCAACCACUUAAGUCGCUGACAUCUUCAUUUAUGUCCAGGAGAGAAACUGGAUGUUAUUAAAAAGGAAGAAAGAAGACUCACUUUGCCUUAAU